AUGGCAGAACCUGCACCCUCUCUGGGGUAUGGAAACAAGACAGGAAAAGAACUGACCCUUGAUCAAUAUCUCAACUUCCUUUCUACACCAGCCGACUUUGGGGAUGUCAUCCCAACUAUCCUUGUUGUUCACGCACGCGGGACGAAAGGAGACGAUGAGGAACGUCUCAAGGAUCUCGGAGUUGACAUUGAUGCCACAUUCAUGCACGUGGUAGACACGCAAACCUUUGCCAGUGCAAGGCUAAGGAGACCAGGAGGCGGAGAAUUGGCUACAAAGCCGAACAGUCGGCCGCUACACCACUGCGGCGUCGACGAUGCGUUUGUCACUGGCACAAGGCAUGCUAACAUGGUCCUCGAUCGGGCAACAGAACUCGGGCUAGAUCUAAACAACGGACCCAGAGUCCAAAUACUUAAUCUAGACUUCGAAGGUGGUAACGGACCAACCACCGAGAUAGGUACCGCAAGUAUGAUGUCGACGGUCUUGCACGGUCUGCUGGAACAUGCCACGGUUACAAGAAAUCGGAUUGUCGCUAAAAGCCUCGUAACAAGCCACAUAAUCAUCGCCGAGGUCCGCGAUCGUCACCCAUCGCGUGACACUCAAGCCCGCAUGUACAUCAACAGUAAUGAAGCAGGGUACUAUCCCCGCUUCAAUGCGAGGACAGGACCUUCGGGCAUCAAAAAGGUCUUGCAGCAUUAUGAGGGGAGUGAGUAUCUCAUGUCACCAGAUUCGAGGAUCCUGCCAUCGAAACAGGCAAUGGAGGAGUUUUACAAGCUCUUCCCUCCUCCACCAACGAAAGCCCAACUUACGACUACAAAUUACACCCUGCCGAUUGGUUAA